AUGUCGUGUCUGGAGUGCGGCCGCCACUUCGUCUCUGUGGCCAAACUGCGGUCUCACGAGAAAACGCACUCAAAAUCGCGACCUUUUAAAUGCAUUGAUUGCGGAAAAACAUUCACAGGUUUGGCCACAAGUCACGUGACUCUCAUUGACGCCAUUCUUCUUUCAGUUCGUUAUUCUCUCAUCUGUCACACGAGGACUCACACCCGCGAACGCCCCUAUCAGGUCUGUCACUGUCGUCCCCGACGUCCCUGUCGUCACCUGUCGUGUCCUAACCCUCUCUUUCUCCCGCAGUGCUCGUCGUGCGGCUCGCGCUUCACUCAGGCGUCGUCUCUGAAGACGCAUCAGAUCUACAAACACACGAAGCAAUUCCCCUACGCGUGCAAACAAUGCGGGCGCGGCUUCAUUAGUCCGGGUCAGCGCCACGAGCACGUGAGCCGAACGCAUCUCAAGCUCCAGACCGGUCGCAAACCGCGCGCGAAGACCGCCGCCGCGACGCCCGACGUCCCGCUCGCGCCCACAAUGUCUUCGACUUCGUGUCAAACUUCGGUUUCUCUUCCGCCACUUCUCUACGCUUGUGUCGACUUCGAGACGUCGGACGAGACGACGACUCUGUCGUUGCCGUCGCUCUCCGUCGCCAACAAUCGGACGACGAGAGAGACGACGCGCGACGACGAGAGAAGACGUCGCGAACGGCUGACGAUCAGAGACUCGGAGAGAGCGGCGGAAGAACUGAAAAGAGAGAACUUUUCGCUAAAACUGAGGAUUUAUUGUUUGGAGAAAAACCAAAACAAUCUCGAAAUGAAUUCCGAAAACAUCCAAACGUUUGAAGAAAUAAAACGUCUGAACAAUGAAUUCAAUCAAUUGUCGCGCGAUUACGAAGAGAGCAAACAGUUGUCGCUUUCGCUUAUUCAGAAUUUACAAGAAUUUUGUCGUCUUUUCCGCGACGACAACGAAGACGACAGACGACGCGAACAACGCUUGUGUCGUCUUCUGGACCGAAGCGAGGAUCUGUUGAAUUGCGCGCAAAUUCUGGUCACAAAGCGCGAGAGCGACGAACGCGUGGAGAGGAGAGCGUUGCGCGAGAGUUCGGACGAGUCGGACAUCUGGUCGGAACCCGAUCGCGACGUCUCGCGCGCCAGAAUCGGUCUUCGCGUGAGUGACGACCAGAAACAGCAAAAACGCGGGAAAAGACGACCGAAAGGCGAGAAAUCGAGUUUCGACUCGAAUGUCGACCAAAAGGACAACAAUCUGUCGAAAGUGACGACACAUCUGACGACAGACGACGUCCUCGACGACGACACGUUCUCUCCGUUCGACAUCCGAUCACGUGAUGUGAGGACUCAUUCGUCGAACUCUUUGUUCGCGUUUUGCGCCAAAUUGUCGCCAAUUCGGAGACAGAGCGCGGAAUUCGUGCCAAACAUAGUGUUGCAGGAGAAGGGGAAGACGUUGGAGGGGUUGGAAGCGCUGUUGGCCGAAGUGUUGGCCGAAAGCGAGGCGCAGUUGUCCGGGAAGUCACGUGACGCUCUCUUGACUGCGAUUUCCGUUUGGAAAGAGUUUUCGGAAGAGAAUUCACUUUUGGAACGCUUUUUGCGUUUAAAGAAAUCCAAACAAAGGAUGGAAAAAGAAAUCUCGAGAUCUUUGAACAAAACUCAAGAAUUGAUUGUUGAGAAGACGAGACAUUAA